AUGGCGUCGAACCCCUACCACGGCAUCAAGGCCCGCCGCAACCCCUUUGACGACGGCGGCCCUCCCUCGUGCGCUGAUGGCCUCCGCUCCGUCCAGCGCAUAGCCUCCGGGGCCGCGACCUCCCUCUUCGCCUACUCCCGCGGCCCCGGCGCCAAGAUGGCCGUCAACUUUGUUUCGAGAGUCGCGUGGCAUCUUCGAAGGAACCUGACGAGGCGGCGACUGCUGAGCUUCCCACACUUUGUCCUGCUGCUAUGGGUGUUCGUGCUGCUACGGGGCGAGAGGUGGAUCUUUCAUUGGAAGGUAGAGCAGUGCAAAUGGAACAAGUGGGAAAACUGGCCCAAGGAUGCGAAACCUCAUCAUCUCAUUUUUGUCGCCGAUCCCCAACUCACUGACCCCAAGUCCUAUCCUGGCCGCCCCUGGCCCCUCACCGACUUGACCAUUAUGGUGACCGACAACUACGUCCGCCGAUCCUAUAACGAGCUCCAGGGCCAGCUGCGGCCUGACUCCCUCUUCUUCCUCGGCGACCUCUUUGACGGCGGCCGCGAGUGGAAGACGGCCAGCGGCGACUUUAGCGACGCCAAAUGGGCCCGACCGUACCCGAAAAAUGAGAGGGAGCAUGCCAAGCCUUAUCAUGACGGCGGCGUCUCCCACCUCUCCCACGGUGGCGCGGGCACCGGCCCUAAGCCCGGCAGGAAGUUGGUGGCCGGCUUGCCCGGAAACCACGACCUGGGCUUCGGCUCCAUGAUCAAGGUACCUGUGCGCGACCGCUUCAGCGCCUUUUUCGGCGAGUCCAACCGCGUUGACAUCGUGGGCAAUCAUACCAUUGUCUCUGUGGACACCGUUUCCCUGAGCGCCGGCACCUCGCAGCAGGCUGCCACCGAGAACCUGGAGCACAUCUACGGCCCCGCCACGCAGUUCCUCAAGGAUGUCAAGGGCCUCAAGGAGAAGGCCGUGCGGAACGAGCUGCGCUUCCUGCGCGGCGAUAAAGUAGAGGCCCAGAUGAAGCACGCCGUCGUCGACGCCGACAAGCUGACCCUCGAAGACUUGGUGGACGGCGACGACGAUGCUAACCGGCCCCAGGUCGCCGACUUCCCCACCGUUCUGCUCACCCACAGAGCACUGGCCCCCGAGCAAGCCCCGCCGACCGACGCCGUCGGCCGCGUGGUCGACCACCGCAACGCCAUCUCGGUGACGGCGGGGUACCAGUACCAGAACGUGCUCACCGAGGAGGACUCGGUCCAGCUCAUCGAGAGCGUGGGCAACGUGCAGCGCGUCUUCUCGGGCGACGACCACGACUACUGCGAGCUCACGCACUCGGCGGCCAAGAAUGGGGCGGUUGAGAUCACGGUCAAGAGCAUUAGCAUGGCCAUGGGCGUACCCACCCCGGGCUUCGUCAUGCCCACCAUGCAAACCCACCUGUGCCUCCUCCCCAACCAGUUCCGCACCUACGUCGGCUACGUAUUCUGCUGCCUCGUCUCCCUCUCCCUCAUCGGCAUCCGCGCCUUCUUCGUCUCCUUCCUCGAGCUCCCUGCUUUCGCCCACUCCCUGAAUCCCGCCGCCCCCGGCGCCGGCGGACCCGGAUUCGCCUCCCACUCGUCUUCCGGGACAGCCUCCUACCUGCCCCUUUACAAGACCAAGGAGAAGAGCGACGAUGACGACCCCCACCACCACUCCAACCACCGCAACGGCAACGCCUACCCUAGUCGCGUCUCCUCUCUCACCGCCUCCCCCCAACCCUUCCGCCGCGUCUUCGACCCGCUGGGGCUGGGGCGGCACCGGGGGCCCAAGCAGCUCCGCAUCCGCAUCGACGACGAUUUUUACGACGGAGGCAAGUCCCGCAGCCUCUGGCGCGCCGCGUCGGGUCGUCGGCGGACCAUUGAGCCCAAGGUCGUGCUCGUCGAGUUUGCGGCCAUGGCGUGGAGGGUGGGAUGGGUGGCUGUCCUCUUGUGGGUGGUGCUCAACCGGAGGGGUUGA